AUGGGGGACCGCGGCGGAGCGGGAGGCUCCCGGCGUCGGAGGACGGGUUCGCGCCACUCGAGCCAGGCAGCGGAAGAGGAGGCGCGGGACGCGCCCGCGGGCCCCGACGUGGGCGCCGGGGGGGACGCGCCGCCGCCGGAUCCGGACCAGCCGCGGGUCGCCGCCGUGGGCAGCAGCCCCCGGGAGCUCAGCUGCCACCGCCUGCAGGAAUCCUUGUUCAGCUCUGACAGUGGCUUCAGUAACUACCGUGGCAUCCUGAACUGGUGUGUGGUGAUGCUGAUCUUGAGCAACGCAAGGUUGUUUCUGGAGAACCUCAUCAAGUAUGGCAUCCUGGUGGACCCCAUCCAGGUGGUGUCUCUGUUUCUGAGGGACCCUUACAGUUGGCCUGCCCUGUGUCUGCUCAUUGUGGCCAACGUCUUUGCUCUGGCCACACUCCAGGUUGAGAAACGUCUGGCAGUGGGGGCCUUGACAGAGCAGGUUGGGCUGCUGCUGCACGCGGCCAACCUGGCCACCAUUCUCUGCCUGCCGGCAGCAGUCGCCUUCCUGGUGGACUCCAUCACUCCGGUGGGCUCCAUGCUGGCGCUGUGGGUGUACACCAUCCUCUUCCUUAAGCUUUUCUCCUAUCGCGACGUCAACCUGUGGUGCCGCGAGCUCAGGGCCGGGGCCAGGGCUGACAAGCCAGCCAACGGGGCUGCCGCACAGCGUUCCGUGAGCUACCCGGACAACCUGACCUACGGAGAUCUGUACUACUUCCUCUUUGCGCCGACCCUGUGUUACGAGCUCAACUUUCCUCGCUCUCCCCGGAUCCGGAAACGCUUCCUCUUGCGGCGGCUCCUGGAGAUGCUCUUCCUCACGCAGCUCCAGGUGGGGCUGAUCCAGCAGUGGAUGGUCCCCACCAUCCAGAACUCCAUGAAGCCCUUCAAGGACAUGGACUACUCCCGCAUCAUUGAGCGCCUCCUGAAGCUGGCGGUCCCCAACCACUUCAUCUGGCUCAUCUUCUUCUACUGGCUCUUCCACUCCUGCCUAAACGUCGUGGCGGAGCUCAUGCGCUUUGGAGACCGGGAGUUCUACCGCGAUUGGUGGAACUCCGAGUCGGUCAGCUACUUCUGGCAGAACUGGAACAUCCCGGUCCACAAGUGGUGCAUCAGACACUUCUACAAGCCCAUGCUGCGCUGCGGCGUGAGCAAGUGGGUGGCAAGGACAGGCGUGUUCCUGGCCUCGGCUUUCUUCCACGAGUACCUGGUGAGCAUCCCUUUGCGCAUGUUCCGACUCUGGGCCUUCACCGGCAUGAUGGUGCAGAUCCCGCUGGCCUGGGUCACCAGCCGCUUCUUCCUGGGCAACUACGGCAACGCGGUCGUGUGGCUGACACUGAUCAUCGGGCAGCCGGUGGCCGUGCUCAUGUACGUCCACGAUUACUAUGUGCUGCACCACGAGGUCGCGCCUGCGGGCGCCUGA